AUGGGUGUUGGUAAGACACAAAUACAGUCGGUGAUGAAAAGAAAACGAGAAAUUAUUGAAGAGUAUGAAGGGGACGGUAAUCUACAAACCAAGCGUCCGCGGAAAGCCACAGAAUAUGACGAUCUAAAUGACCUUGUUCACAAGUGGUUCUUAGAUGCUACUGGGCGUCACGUGAACAUAUCGGGACCACUCCUGAAAGAACGGGCGCUCAAGUUCGCAGCAGAAUUGGGGUUAGCGUCGUUCAAGGCAUCAAAUGGGUGGCUCGACUCAUUCCUAAGACGCCAUAACAUUGUAUUCAAAACACGGACGGGUGAGAGAGCGGAGGUGGAUCCAGUCGUAGUGGAUGACUGGAAAAAGCGUCUACCAACAAUCUGCGAAGGUUAUCAACCGUGUGACAUCUAUAACAUGGAUGAAACAGGAUUAUUCUACAAACAAAGCACAAGUGCGACGUUCUUCAAGAAAGGCGAGACAUGUGCCGGCGGGAAGAUGGCGAAGGAGCGCAUCACUGUGGGUUUAUGUGCCUCGGUAACGGGAGAUAAGCUGCCCCCAAUCAUCAUCGGGAAAUCAAAAAAACCGAGAUGUUUUGGGUCAGUUACUCCCGACAAAUUGCCGAUACGGUAUUACAACAACAAAAAGGCGUGGAUGACGACCGGGAUAAUGGAAGACUGGCUGAAGUGGUUUGAUCGGCGGAUGCGACAUGCCAAAAGACACGUCAUAUUAUUCAUAGACAACGCACCAUCACACCCUCGCAUCACACUAACCAACAUCAAGCUACAGUUCCUUCCUCCAAACACAACAUCAGUGAUACAACCCAUGGACCAAGGGAUCAUACAGACAAUGAAGCUAAAGUACAGAAAACGUCAACUACAACACGUGAUGAUGGAGCUGGAAAGAUCGUCGGCGACCACCGGACCUCAAAUUCUGAAAGAGGUUAACAUCCUACAAGCUAUCUACUGGGUCAUAAGCGCAUGGAAGGAGACAACGACGGAGACGAUCGGCAAGUGUUUCGCAAAAUGCGGAUUUAUGAGUGACAGUGAAAAAAGUGCUAGUGCUAGUGACAGUGAAAAAUGUGCAGAUGACCGUGAAAAAAGUGUUAGUGAAAACAUUACAAGUGACAAAAGUGACAAAAGUGAAUGUGAUGAUGUUGAGGACGACUUGCCUCUCAUCAUGCACAAAUUAGCACAUGAUUUAUUUGGGUGUGAAGUGAAGGACCUCAUCAACAUUGACAGGGACUUCACAACAUGCGCAACGGACAUGGACGAAUGGAAGAAGUCAGCACCGGAAAUUCUACAAGAAGAUGGAUGUGACGAGGAAGAUGACACAAACCCAACAGAAGAGGAAGCGACGACAUCAGAAACAACACUCUCCAUGAGUGAGGUAGUGGAAAUGAGCAGAAAACUGAAGGACUGGGCAGUGAAGAAAGGGCACCAUGAUCUACUAGCGACAUUGAUGGAAGCCAGCAACCAGAUAGGGGAUAUAGCCAUGAAUGGAGAGAAGGUGAAACAGACUAAGAUUGAGGAUUUCUUUUUCAGGCCAUCUUAA